AUGGAUACAUUUGUCACAACAACUGGAAAGAGUAUUGUAAAAUCAUCAACAAUUGACCAAAAAGAUGAUACUUGUUCUGGAUCCGAUCACAGUCUCACACCAGAGUACAAAAGAAUUAGACAAGGUGAUGGUAAGCAAAAGAAACAUCGGAAACCAUUAUUCGUUUUGGCUACAGAUAUUUCUUCACUAAACUGCCAUUUAAUUAACAAAAAACAUAAGUUAAUGUCUAAUGGUGUUUCAACAACUUCACCAAUUUCUGAUUCUUUUAAACCAACAAAUAUUUCUUUACUUGAAAAAGUAAAAUCAGCAGAAAUUAAACUUACUGCUUUUGUAGCUGAGCAUAAUAUUUCUUUUAAUACAAUGGACCAAAUACUAUCCAAUGUAUUUGAACCCAAAAAUUAUCAAAAGGCCCAUGAAGGUGCUACAGGCCAAAAUGUAUAUGAUUGUUUGUAUAAAUCAUUUGCUGACAAUAAUAUACCAUUCAAUAAUGUCAUUGGUUUUGGAUCAGAUGGGUAUCGCACCGAUAAAACCGAACUAAAUCCGACAUUUAAUGAUCAUACUGCGGCCAUUAAUUUGAAAAUGUUGAAGCAAUUUGGUUUUUAUCAAAUGUUUGAUCCAAACAGCAAAAAGAUAUUCGGUUGGAAUGUUAACCAACUUUCUUUGAUUGCACUUAUCGUGAUAACGCAGUGUCUGCUUGGUCUAGGGAAUUGUGGAUUUUUGUUUGAGUUGGAAGAUCCAAUGAAUAAUAUUGAUUUAUUUUUGAACAUCUUCUCUACAUCACAUAGUUGUUUUAUUACAUGGAAAAUGAUCAUACUUAUGUUUAACAAAAAGAAAAUUCUAGACCUUUUGAACGUUACAGAUUUAAAUUUUUUGAAGAGCCAACAGUGUUGUAAUAACAAUACAAUAUUACACAAACAUCGUAACAGAGUAUUAAAACUUACAAACUUAUAUAUCACUAUCACCAUUGUUUGUGCCAUUCAAUGGAUUAUAUUUCCAAUUAUGGUAAACUUUUUCAUAACGAACAAAAAGGACAAUCAUCGCAUAGAUAGCAUUAUCAACAGGCGGUAUCCUGUAGAUGUAAAAACUUUUAAUAAGUAUUAUGGUCUAUUUUUUGUAAUCGAAAUGAUAAUGGCAAUACAAUCAAUAUACUUAAUACCGAUGGUCGAUAUAUUAUUAUUGUCUAUCGGUUGGGCGAUAGUUGUUCAAUACGAAGUUCUGGCUUUAGCGUUUAUGAACAUGAUGGAUAAUGUAAUUCUUCAAAAAGAUCAUGAUUAUGGUGUUGUAGGCGACUAUAAAUAUUUUAAAUCGAUUAUAUUUGAUCAACAACAACUUUUUUUGAAACUAAAAUUAUAUUUUCUUAUUAUGAAGCCUAUUGUUUUAAUUCAAGUUGCUCACUCUUCGUGCAUAAUCAUAAUGUUGUUGAAUUCAUUCAUUAUAAUGGUUUUCUUCUCAACUGAAACAUUUACUUACAUAAUCGUAAACUCAUUUAAAAUCGGAUCUGCAAUUAUCUUUUUAUGCAUAGAAUUAUAUCUGUAUUGUUGUUUAUUUGAUAAUAUUAACUUAAAGAGAGAAUCUGUCAACCUUGGGAUAUCUUCAUGUAAUUGGUUAAAGAUGGAUUUGAAAUUCAAAAGGUUAUUGUUAUUAACCAUGAGGAUAAAUGAUGCCAAUCAAAUAACGAUGAAAGCUUCGACGAAAAAAAUUGUCAACUUACAACUAUUUGCUAACGUUUUGAUGACGUCCUACAACAUUGUAUCCGUUAUGAUGAAAGCAAUGCGAAAAUAG